GUUUGGCGCUUGUUGCUUGUAGUUGUUGUAUUUUGCGCUACAGCUUGGCUGCGGCCACAUGGCCCGGAGUCUACAUAUCAGUGGCAAGUACACCUGACUUUGCCCCAUCUCUGCAAUGACUCCGAUAUUGAUCACUGAAACAAAACCUGAGGAUUGGACAUAUAUCUCUGAGGGAGGGGCCUCUAUCGUAUUCUCGUAUCGAGGACCUCGCAAUGUCCAAUUUUCCGAUCACGUUCUACGCCUCCGCAAAGUCGCUCGUGGGUCAUUAGACAACACACUGCUCGAUACCAACGCUGAACAACCAGACGACCCCAUGAUUGCCUUCCAAGAUAACAUCAUCUCAAAGCUCAUCCCUUCUGAGUUGCUAGCGAGCCUUGUGGUGGUGGUGCUCGAUGAAGAGUGGCUCAGGUCGCUUAUUGACCUACGCGAUGCCGACCGCCCAGCCGGGAGAAGGCAGACGGAUCAGAUUGAUGUUCACAGGAAAAAGGGUGUGUUAGCCACGGAUCUCAUUGGGGGUACGCCCAUCGCGAUAGAAAUCAAGCCGAAAUGGGGAUUUUUACCGAGAGAUUGUCAUCUCUCGCCUGAGACUGUUGCUCUGAAGACUGCAACGUGCAGAUUUUGUAUGCACACGAGUUUCAUGGUGAAACAGGGGGACUUCGAUACCACAUAUUGUCCCUUGGACCUUUUCUCUCGCGAUGAGAUGCGUGUUAGAAAAGCCCUAGGUGAUUUAUGGGCUGGGUGGUACGAGAGCGGCGGGUCUCUCAAUAACCUGCGGUUCUUCGUUGAGGGCAGAAUGGCAAAACCAGACGAUGACCACUCGAUGAAAUUGUUGGCACACUUCUUCACGGCGGACGAAUCGACUGAUGCCCAGAACCUCCAAGAAUCAUUCACAACUGCUCUUGCACAGGCACUGGUUGACAGUCCCAUUCUUCCCCUCCUGUCAACCUUACAACGAACACUGGACAUCCUCGAUAUUGAGGGUUUAUCCAAGUUGCACACACAAACCUCGCUAGAUUUCCCAAGUGAAGGCCUCGGGUCCUCUGUUCUUGAUCCUUCCAUGGAAGAAUGGGAGGACUUUGUUAAAGUCUAUCAUUCUGAUUAUCAUUUGUGGGAUCACACAGCUCCAAGUCCUGGACACCUCCGGCAUUACCUCAUGGCAUACCUUCUUUCAGCAACAUUCAAAGAUUGCUCCAUUAUUAUCAGGCCCAGACUACACCCUCUGUCUACGACGCAGAUUGGUCCUGCACGAUCAUUUGAUGCCACCAUCAUCGACAUGGAUAUUAAGAGCAUGAAUCGUUUGGGGAAGUGGGAGAAGUUGGACAGAAAAAUCGUGGAACAUUACAAGAGUUCAGCCGGCCAGCGUCGUUGCAUUGAUAGCCAACGCGCUAGCUAAUCGAGGUGUACAAGUAUGUGUCGUCACACUCUCGCGCUGAUUGUUGCUUACAGGUGGAUUGGAAGUACUGUAAUCGAAGUGGCGUUAGCAAGAUGUAUCAUAGACUGAUUUCCGGAUAAUUCUGGAGAUUUUCUCGGAUGAAUAAUUUGUGUUCGGCAUCUCUUCAGCAACUAUCCUUUAGCAACUAUCCUACGGCGG